AUGGAGUGUGGAAAGAAUUUCAGUCGUAGUGGAAGCCUGACUUUACACCAAAGAACCCAUACAGGGGAAAAACCUUAUAAAUGUAUGGAGUGUGGAAAGAAUUUCAGUUAUAGUGGAAGCCUUACUUUACAUCAAAGAGUCCAUACGGGGGAGAAACCAUAUAAAUGCAUGGAGUGUGGAAACAGUUUCAGUCAAAGUGGAGAACUUAUUCUACAUCAAAGAACCCACACAGGCAUGAAACCAUAUGAAUGUUUGAACUGUGGAAAGAGGUUCAGUAAGAGAGGAAACCUUACUUCACAUCAAAGAACCCAUACAGGUGAGAAACCAUAUAAAUGCAUGGAGUGUGGAAAGAGCUUCAGUCAGAGUGGACAUCUUACUUUACACUUAAGGACCCACACAGGGGACAGACCUUACACAUGCUUGGAGUGUGGAAAGAGCUUCAGUGUCAGAGAUAGCUUUACUAAGCAUCAAAGAACCCACACAGGGGAGAAGCCAUUUAAAUGUGAGCAGUGUGGAAAGAAGUUCAGUAUUAGAGGAAACCUUACUUCACAUGAAAGAAUCCACAAAGGGGAGAAGCCCUUUAAAUGUAUGGAGUGUGGGAAAAGUUUCAUUUGCAAUGGAAGUCUUACCAUGCAUCAAAGAACCCACACAGGAGUGAAGCCAUUUAAAUGUUUUAAAUGUGUGGAAUGUGGAAAGAGUUUCAGUUUUAGAGGAAGCCUUACUUCACAUCAAAGAACCCACUCAGGUGUGAAACCAUUUAAAUGUGUGGAGUGUGGAAAGAGUUUCAGCCAGACAGGAAACCUGACUUCACAUCAAAGAACCCACACAGGGGUGAAGCCAUUUAAAUGUGUGGAAUGUGGAAAGAGUUUCAGUUUUAGAGGAAGCCUUACUUCACAUCAAAGAACCCACUCAGGUGUGAAACCAUUUAAAUGUGUGGAGUGUGGAAAGAGUUUCAGCCAGACAGGAAAUCUGACUUCACAUCAAAGAACACACACAGGGGUGAAGCCAUUUAAAUGUGUGGAAUGUGGAAAGAGUUUCAGUUUUAGAGGAAGCCUUACUUCACAUCAAAGAACCCACACAGGGACCCACUCAGGUGUGAAACCAUUUAAAUGUGUGGAGUGUGGAAAGAGUUUCAGCCAGACAGGAAACCUGACUUCACAUCAAAGAACCCACACAGGGGUGAAGCCAUUUAAAUGUGUGGAAUGUGGAAAGAGUUUCAGUUUUAGAGGAAGCCUUACUUCACAUCAAAGAACCCACACAGGGGUGAAGCCAUUUAAAUGUGUGGAAUGUGGAAAGAGUUUCAGUUUUAGAGGAAGCCUUACUUCACAUCAAAGAACCCACUCAGGUGUGAAACCAUUUAAAUGUGUGGAGUGUGGAAAGAGUUUCAGCUUCUAG